AUGGAUAAUGCUGCAGGAGGAUCAUUUGUGGAUCUCAUUUUUCCAGAAGCCUCAAAAAUGCUCAAUAGGAUGACUAAGCAAAGUAGAGCUUGGAAUACCAGGGAUUCUGUGGUAUCAAUCCCUACUGUUUCUAUUGGUAUGACUAUAGAGCAAUACAAGAAAAAGGAGGAACAAGAUCAGUAUAUGGCACAUUUGAAGAUAUGGGUGGAUUUGCUGACUAAACAUUUAUUAUUUGGAAAAAUGGAAACGGUAAAAGUUAUUGCAUCCCAAGGCAAAGAUGACUCUGAUUUGGAAGAAGAGAGAGGUAAGGUAUUACCAGGCCCUUCUAUGGGAAAAUCUAUGAUUGAAGAUAUGAUCAAAAAAGAUAUUGAACAUGAAGAAAGUUAUCCAGUGGAGCCUGAGAAAUUGGAUGGUAUUGGUAUCCCUUCUAAUCAUCAACAGAUUGAUGAGUUAGAAAGAGAAAAAAACAAGGAGAAGAAAGUAGUGUUGACUGUGAAUGUGCUUUUGGUGAAGGAACUUGAGCAGAUGCCAGGAUAUGCUAAAUUUAAGAAGUAUCUUGUGAUGAAUAAGAUAGAAGUAAGCUAUGAACUAGUGGUUAAUAUACACCAUUGUAGUGCUAUUUCUACAAGAUCCUUGAUGCAAAAGAAGGCAGACCCAAGAGCAAUCACCAUUCUUUGUACUAUUGGGUCUCUUGACUUUGAUAAGGCCUCAUAUGAUCUUGGAGCGAGCAUUAAUCUAAUGUCGCUAGAUAUUUAUAAGAAUUUAGGUUUGGGGGAUCCUACACCCACAAACAUACAACUUGUGAUGGCAGAUAAAUCAGUGAAGCGGCCUGUGGGAAUAUUAUAUGAUGUUCUAGUAAAGGUGGAUAGUUUUAUAUUUCUUGCAAACUUUGUUAUUCUAAAAUGUGAGGUGGAUUUUGAGGUGCCCAUAAUCUUGGGUCGACCUUUUUUUGCAACCAAAAAUGUGCUUAUUGAUUUGCGAGCUAAUGAGCUCCUGUUUAGGCUAAAUGAUAAAGAUGAGCAGGAGGUACCGAUAGAGGAGAAAUUUGUUGUGGAGCCCUUAAAUGCAGUUCUAAUAAAUUUUGAUAGUGAAGGAAUUGAAGAGUAUGAGGAGACUAUUUGUGCUUUUAUGUCAUACUCUUAUGCUCCCAAGAAGCUUGAUCUGGAUCUUAAAAAUUGCCCAACACCACCGACUAAGCCGUCUAUUGAGGAGCCACCAGUGUUGAAGUUAAAGAAAUUUCUAGGGCAUCUUCAAUACGUGUUUUUAGGUAGUGGAAACAUGUUACCUAUGAUUAUUGUGGCUGAUUUGGGUGAGCAGGAGGUGGAGGCACUUAUUUCAGUGCUUAAAGUUACAAAAGGGAGAUAG